AUGUCUGUCUACGCCGCCAUGCCUCAACAACAAGCGUACAUGUACGCUGUGCCUCAGCAGGCCGCUCCCAGACAAUACUCUACCCACGGCACCAGCAGCGCCUUUAGCUCCUCAGCUCUCCCCGACGAGGACUGGACCAAGAUUUCCGACUUGGCCGAGCGCCGCAGAAUCCAGAACCGCAUUGCUCAGCGCAACUACCGCAAGAAGCUCAAGCGCCGCCUGGAAGACCUCGAGCGUCGCGCUGGCUCUUCCGACGACGGCGAGACCGACAAGACCUCCGUCACCAGCCCCUCUAGCACAUCCAGCACAUCCAACAAGGUCACCAAGCGCACCUCUACCAGCAAGUCGCCGAAGGCCACCAAGGCCAGCACAACCGCUGUCAUCUCAAUCCCCACCAAGCCUGUUCACCAGUACUCGCCCUCCCUCGACGGCUCGGACGACUUUGUCUUUGCCGGCUCUUUCGACGACCGUGAGCGUGGCCCCUCACCACCCAUGUUCUCCUCGUAUACUCCCUACCCCUCCGAUGACCUGCUCCUCCAGCCCUACGGAGCUACGCAGCCAUACCCGACCAUCAGCACCGGCGAGCCCUACUCGACCAGCUACAUGACCUCAUCUCUUCCCGGCGCCCUGCCUGGAGCUACCCACUUCACCGAUCCCUUCAAGCGCGAGAGCUUCUCCGGUGACGACGGCCUCGGCAGCUACUUCAACUACUCGUUUGGCCCCUCUGCGCUCGACAUGAGCCACUACGGCGCUUCUCCCAACGCUCCCAACACACCUCCUCUGUCACACUCCUUUGAGUCCACAGCCUGCUCCGAGACGGGCUUCGAGUACCCGACCACCCCGCUUUCCAUGCCCGGCUCGCCCGGCAUGAUGGGUCCUCUCUCCCAGUAA